AUGGCUGAAAUAAUACAAAAUACUACAUUAGGUACUCGUCGUAAAUUAGAAUUACUUUUACAAGAAAUGGAUACAAUAUGCCGUGAAAUAAUUUUACAAAUGCAUAAUUCAACAUCAUCAAAUAGUAAUAAUAACACUAAUAAUAAUCAAUUGGAUACACAAACAUUAAUUGAUAUGUUAAUUGAACGACAAGAUUAUUUAACACAACAAAUUGUUAUUGUUCGUCAACAUGAAGAAUUAGAACGACAAUUACAAUUGAAACGUGAUGAAAUACUUAAAUGUGAACGUGCAUUACGUUGUUUACAAACAUAUUUAUUACAAGCUGUACAAGUACUUUCAUCAGCUGUUUAUCAAGCCCGUGAAAAGAUAACAAAUAUACGUCAAGCUAAAAGUUUUCCAUCUGAAACAAUUAUUCGUUAUGCACAUCAAUUAGCAACAUGUUAUUCAACAACAGCACCAGAAAAUUGGCAACAAGGAGAUAUUCGACGACCCUAUCCAACAAAUAUGGAUAUGAGACGUGGUCUUCUUGGUCGUAUUAGUGAACAAACAUUACAACAACAACAGCAAUUAGUAAAUAUACCAAAUCCAAUAAUUAAUUCAACAACAGUUGUUGAUUCAUCUGUAUCACAAAAUAUAUCAUCAUCACAAUCAUCAUACACAGCUGUAACAACAGCUGCACGACCACCAAAACAUGAUACAACUUCAUUUGCGUCAGAUAUUUUUUCAGGAUUAAAUGAAGAAGCAAAUAAUAUAAAUCUUUCAUCGAGUGAUACUGAUUCGGAUGAUGAUUUAUUAUGA